CCACGGCCGACGAUGUCUUCCACCCCCGCCCCCGCCCCCGACUCCGACCACUGCGACGCCGGAAGCAUCAUGGCCGACGUCCUCUCCAAGGGCCGCGAAUCCUGCUACAAGGCCCGGGACGCCUUCUACGCGUGCGUGGAGAAGCACGCGGACAAGAAGCCCACCGAGAUCGCCACCAUGGGGCUCCUCUUCCCCGCCGACUGCAAGAAGUCCCGCGCCCAGUACGUCAGCAGCUGCCGCCCCUCCUGGGUGAGGCACUUCGACCGGCAGCACUGCGCCAAGAAGCGCGUGCAGAGGCUGCUCGACGGCGACGACGACGGCCGGGGUCCCAUGUCGCUGCCCCAGCCCUACACGUUCAAGCAAUAAGUGGCGCUGACGAUGGGCCUGUCCUUUGUACGAACCAAGUCUGGCCGAGAUGGUAUUGGUUUAUUGUUCUCUACUAGUCAGUACUGUCGAGAUGGAUGCUUAUCUGCUGCCUAGUAUGUUGAAGAAAUUGUGAAUCUGUGACUUCGUAGCGAUCAUGACCGUUGUUGUAGUGCUCCUGUUAUCCUUUGGUGAGAAUUAUGUUGCAGUACUGUCUGUAGACAUUAGAUGACCUCCUGUUUUCGAUGGAUGAAAGUUGAGAUGUGGAAUAAUAUUGUGGAGGGAGGGUUAUUGCCAAGUGCCAUUUAGAA